CCGUUCUGUAUCUGCCACCCAUCUCUGCCAAUCCUUCCACUGACCUCCACUCAGUGUCCUCCAUCUCUCUCUGCCAAUCCCUCCACUGGCCUCCACUCAGUGUCCUCCACCCCUCUCUGCCAAUCCCUCCACUGGCCUCCACUCAGUGUCCUCCACCCCUCUCUGACGAUCCCUCCACUGACCUCCACUCAGUGUCCUCCAUCUCUCUCUGCCAAUCCCUCCACUGGCCUCCACUCAGUGUCCUCCACCCCUCUCUGCCAAUCCCUCCACUGGCCUCCACUCAGUGUCCUCCAUCCCUUUCUGCCAAUCCCUCCACUGACCUCCACUCAGUGUCCUCCACCCCUCUCUGCUAAUCCCUCCACUGACCUCCACUCUGUCCUCCAUCCCUCUCUGCCAAUCCCUCCACUGGCCUCCACUCAGUGUCCUCCACCCCUCUCUGCCAAUCCCUCCACUGGCCUCCACUCAGUGUCCUCCAUCCUUCUCUGCCAAUCCCUCCACUGGCCUCCACUCAGUGUCCACCACCCCUCUCUGCCAAUCCCUCCACUGGCCUCCACUCAGUGUCCUCCAUCCCUCUCUGCCAAUCCCUCCACUGACCUCCACUCUGUCCUCCAUCCCUCUCUGCCAAUCCCUCCACUGGCCUCCACUCAGUGU